CAUCUUUUCGCAGUUCUUUUUCGGACCAACAGUUACACGAGACGAUGAAGAAGACCACCAACUUCUUCCCAGGCAGGAAGACGGUGUCCUUCAGAAAGGGCCCAUCGGGUCAUCUGCGGCAGGAUCCCUCCGAUGAGGCCAUGAGGAUUAAAACUGAUCCCUCGCUUCAGGACAAGUCUCCUGCUCAGCUCCAGCAUCAUGUGAGCACCAAUGCUCUGACCGCGGUCCUUCAGCGGGGAGGAGAUGUGUCCGACCGACACGAGGUGAUGGGGGAGUACGGCCUGCAGUUUGGCAAAUACAACGGGAAAUCAUUCAGAUGGCUCCUCGAAAACGACAUUGGCUACGUCAUCUACCUGAUAAAAACAGUAGAAGAAGAGGAGAGAGCCGGUAAAUUCAACCCCCAAGGAAACAGCAAGGACAGCCUGCUGUCAUUUCUGGACUAUGCCAGGAGCUUCCAGGAAGUUGAGGACCUGAGGGAGUACCUUUCCUCCAGGAAGCCCGCUUCACCUGUGGCUUCAGAAGGGGACACUAUUGUCGGCUUUGGAGUCAGGGCCAAGGACACCUGGGAGCAGAUCUGGAAGAGCAGGGCUGACGGUUAUGCGGCCUUCAUUCUGGGAGUGAAGUGCAUCAAAAACAGCAAGAUGUCCAACCUGCAGCAGCAGAGGGCCGAGUCCGGCCCCCUGCAGCCACAUCCAGAACUCUAGGUCAGCUCGCUAACACAUACAGCUCUGUAGUGACCAUGCACCACACACACACCUCAUGCUCAUGUUUCAUCUCCCAGUGAUGGAGGAGGAGCUGGAGAGAGAGAUGUUGAAUCUGUCUCCCUCUAAGUUCAACACUAGACUAAGGCCCCCAGCAGCAGUCUCCAGAGCCCCGGAUGUGUCUUCACCAACAGGUUUUUCUCCACCCGUGUGGAGGGAGGAUUCGGUUUUCACCAGAGUCCUCCCUGCCAUUACUAUUCUUUGAAGUAGUUUGUUAUUGUGCCCGUGUUCUGGCCUGUUCUGAUGUGUUCUUACUCUCCUCCUAACUGAAGGAUUUAACAUGUCGCCUAUGAUGGUAAGUGUUUUCCUUUUUUUGUAUGCUUUCUCUAGGCUGUCACUCCAGGAUGUGAACAAAAACCGUUCAUACAUGCCACAUCUUUGAUUGACAGGUUGUGUGCUAUAUAUUGCUAUUGUUUCUCUGCGUUACCUGACAAACAAAAUAGCAACUUAGAAUUAAAGUAAAGGGUAUUUUAAGUCUGAAAAAGCAGCAGGUAAAAUAUACACUGAGAAGCAUUAACACACUUUGUGUAAGGAAGAUGACAAAGAGUUGUUGUUCCAGCCCACGGGACCAAGUCACCAGCUGCAGCGACUGUUUCCCUUGUGGCUAAAGCUUCAGUAAAAGUGAAGACUCUGCUGCCGGUCGCUCCUCAGCUGCUCGCCAUCGCCCCUCAGCUUGUGAGGGAAGAUCAGGAACCCAACGUGUUGAGGCCAAGUGUGUCGUGCUCCUCGCCUCGCAGUGUGUUAAACAGUGUAUAUUAAUCAUGUAUUGAUAACAUCGGCUGUUAACAAUUAGUUUUUCACAUCUGUUGUUCAAACUUUGUUCCAAAGCACAUGCAAAGCCAGCGUCCCACACUUCUUCUGCAGAGCCGGGGAUACGAAGUGACCACACAUAUAUAUAUAGUUCUAGUAAUACUUUUUUAUUCAUUUCAUUUAUUUUACAUUAAUUCUUUGAGAGGAUUUUAAUUGUGUUCAUUUUAGAAUUCAGCUGUGUAUUUUCAAUAAAAUAUAUUAAAAUCA